GCCGUGCACCGUACACGAUCGGUUUUCAUGUUGCACUUGGUGUGGGUGAAUUAGGAUGUUAUUGCCAAAAUUAGAAAUACAUAACGGAUUAAUGAAAUCCUAGAAAAUGUCAUCAUAGAUAGUUUAUCCCAUGUGUUUACAAUGGUAUGUGACAGGUUAUCGUAAUGCAAGUGAGAUACGGAUGACUCGGAUUUAUGAAGCCCUUGUGAAUGGCACCUGAUUGCAAGGCCUUGUUUUGGUGAUUAAAAGAUUGCAAGAUUAUCAACUGAUUUUAUCGAAUCAGUAGAGAUAAUGGAAAAUAUUAGAACUGAUUGUUCAGUGUACAGAAGUUGUCAUUUUAUGACAUGAGGCAAACAGAUUAUUCACGUGUGAUCAAGUGGUGAUUUCUGAUAUAUUGGAAGACGUAGUCAGAAAGAUUGUAAGGAAAUCGAGAGAUAUGAUAGGUUGUGACAAUCUCUCGUUGGAUUUGAAUAAAUGGCGUCAAAUUGUUGCAGCCGUUAUUGCCAAUUUGGCAGCUGUAACAGGUGGAAUGCUAUCAAGCUGGAUCUCUCCAGUGGGUCCUCGACUUAUGGAAGAGGAUACCCCUGUUGGUACAGAACCCAUAACGGAGGAUGAAAUCUCCAUCCUAUCUUCGGCAACAGGCCUAAUGUCCCUGUUUGCUCUAAUUUUCUACGCACUGUCAGCUGGAAAGAUCAGCACCAAAAUCCAAGCGUGGAUCAUAGCAAUGUCCGGAAUCGGAAGCUGGGUGCUGAUACUUUUCGCCCAGAAUUUCUACUACCUUCUGAUCGCUCGCAUCCUAGCCGGAGUUGUCUGCGGACUGACGUUCUCCAUGAUGCCAGUCUAUGUCACUGAAAUCGCUGAGGAUUCUAUCAGAGGUGCACUGGGAAGUCUUCUCUCGUUUGGUGUUAAUAUAGGAGUUUUCCUGGCAUUCAUUCUUGGUGCAACCUUGAGUUAUCGCGAUUUCGCGGUGUGUGGCCUGAUCGUGCCAGUAGUGUUCAUUGUUGGGUUCGUCUUUCUGCCGGAGUCUCCGGCGUAUUUCAUGCGGAAGGGACUUGUUGAUAACGCCACUAGAUCCCUGAUGUGGUUGAGGAAUAAUGACCAGUCCGCUGUAGAUCGCGAUUUGAAACUAUUGGAGAAGCAGUUCACACCUGAUUCGAUAAAAACCGCGGGGUUGAAGCAUCUGUUCAGAGAUCGAGGAACGAUCAAAACGUUGAUCAUCUCUAUAACCCUAUAUGCGGGACAACAUUUCGGUGGUUAUGCAAUAAUUUUUUCCUACACCGGGAUGAUCUUCGAACAAGCAAAUAAAGGAUCGGUUGCCGUGAGCGCAGAUGACUCAUUACUAGUCCUCGCCGGCAUACAAAUAAUUGGAUCACUGAUACCAACAUUCACAAUUGAUCAUCUUGGAAGGAGAAAGCUCAUCAUUUCAUCUUGCGCAGGAAUAUCAACUUUUCAUGCAGCUUUCGGAAUUUAUCUUCUGCUACAAAGUCGAGAGUAUGAUCUGUCAUCCGUGGCCUGGAUUCCACUUGCUGCAGUGUCUGGUUUUGGUCUUGUUUAUUGCGCAGGACUCGGCCCUGGCACAUCUAUCGUCACUUCCGAGUGUUUCGGCCCGGAUAUUGUGAGUUUAGGGAUUUCCAUUUCUUUGGCUACGGAAUUCAUCUCCAACUUUUUAACGACACUAGCUUUUCCAUUUGUAAGCUCUCAUUUCGGCAUGCACGUGAGCUUUUUCAUUCUCGCGGCUUGCCCUGUUGUUACGAUGGCAAUUAUUUUUUUCAUUCUACCCGAGACUAAGGGGAAAUCGAAGGUCGCUAUUUCUGAGGAAUUAAACCGACAGGCGAAAAAAGGUGAUAAUCAUUCUUUGAAUUUGAAUGACAAUGGAAUUGGAAAGAAUGUUUCAUGAGUCGAGUCUUUCAUUUUCUGACGCAUUAUUUAUAUGUAUUUUAUAAGUAUUGAUAAUUGUUAAUAAUGGUUUCAAAGAGGAAUUUCCGAUUUUAUGAUGAUAAAUUUCCAGUUCUAAUUUCUUACUGCAAAACAAUUCAGUUACAAAAUUCUCUUAGAUUCAGAGAUAUGAAUCAAUCAAUAGUUUCUCGCUGAACCUGUAACAAAGAUCGUGUCCCACGAAAUUAUCUAACCUGCACUAGGAGAUGUAAAUCGCCGAUAGAAAAAGUGUUGCAUAAUUACUUUGUCGAGAGAGGAUGUGAAUGGUUCGCUAGAUCGUGAAUGCCGGUAGGCGGAAAUAAUUACUCGCCUCGCCUGCACCAAACCUAAUACAAUAAUUGAAGUGCCGUAGGAGACAAUAGCGGUGAGUCUUUUCUGAAUCGCGGUGCAGUGAAGACGAGGAAAAUCGUCAAGGUCAGUUGGAUCAAGUUCGCAUUGUUAGAAAAACUCGUAAUUCGCGGUGUGAAACAAUUUAAAGUGAAUAAAUGCGAAGAAAUUUUUA